AUGAGUGAGGAACUACUGAGGGAACUGGUGGCCGCGGAAGUGUCCCGACCGGACCAGUUUCUGGAAUGGUUUUUGCGAUACUUUAAGCAACCUGAAUCUCACCAUCAUCGAUCGAUCGAGGCGUUCGCCAACUACUUCAUCGGCUUCAUUCGCGCACAAACGGAAGACCCCGCCGGCCGGAGUGGGUCAACGAGAUGCGAGACACCGAGGAAGGGUGGUCCACCGGGUGGACUGCUACGGAAACCGUCAAUCAGCAUCGAGGAGCCGGCGUCACCGUUCGACACACCCGACCCAAACCUGGACCCCAGCGCCACCGGAAGCCCGGCACCUGUGACGACGACGACGGCACGCAAGCUUUUCGACCACUCAGGAACGGGCACAUGGAGGGCGGCCGAAGGGCGAAAGGGGGUGGAUGUCACUGCCACACCUACGCGUAGCAACCGAGGCACCCCAUUGCCGUCCUUCACCAGCACACCGAUCCGGAGUGGAGGGUCGACCAACCGAAGCGGCCUCGACACCAGCGGCGGCGACGGUGGCCGAAGGAGCAAAACCACCUCCCCGUGUCUCGGGGACUUCGUGGUGACCACGGCCAGGGGGCACCGCGGCGGUGGCCGCCGUUCGUCGGUGACGAGCAAUGGCAGCGAGACGCCGACUUCGCACCAACAACACACGCCCAGCAGCGCCCUUUUCCAGAACGACGAGUUCCCGCAGCUCAACAGCAGCGGCGGCGGCGGCGGCGGCGGUGGUGGCCCAGCACCCAGCUGGUCGACGCCGAAGUCGUCGGGAGGCGGUAGAAAAGGACGACGCAUCAUUCCGACCACCGUCAGCAGAACCGUUUCCGGGCGGACCGAACUCAGCUCGUCCUCGUUCCACCCGGACGCGGCUGGCAGCAGCCUGGUGGAGGUCGUCGAUGAGGACGAUGCGGCGGCCGGCGGACCCCUGCACGAUCCGCGCCGGAUGUUGCGCAGUCUGCGGGAGGAGAUCCUUCACGACUUCCGGGUGGAGGAGCGGGCACGGUCCGAAUCCGCCCGGACGAAACCAGUGGACCCCAGCAGGACGACGCUCGACGAUCCUCCCGGACAGUCCGGGGAGAAUGCACCCGGCGAAGUGUGCCCCCCUCCCCAGCUGCUGACCAUCGAUUUCGGGCGCGUUACUCAACGCGUGACCAUCGACCGGCUGGUGGCCAUCUACGCGCUACUGAUGGACCUGAAUCUCGUACCGAACGUGCUGAACGAACUGGCGUACCUGAUCAAUGUGGUGGGCACCGAGCGUCCCGUGACCGCGGAUGCAGGCGCAGGGCCCACCGACACCACCCGAGGAGGACCCGAGGAUCAGCUUUCGGGUAUCCUGCGCAGCCCGCACAAUGGUGUGUACUUCGCGACGGAAGUGCUCCACCGGCAGCGGAUGCUACUGGCGCUGCUCGACUGCACCUCGCUGCGGGUUGUGGUCGAGAACGAGCAGCUGACCGCCCUGCAGCCCCCCCUCACUGGCUUCCUGCGGGACGUGCUGGAGCGGAAGCUGAAACUCGAAACGCCCGGCGAUCCGUCCGGGCCGGCCACCAGCAGCAGCAUCACGAACGUGUUCUACCAGCAGGAAAACGACACCCGGGAUCACUUCCCGUCGCUCAAGGAGUUUGGCGCGUUCAACAAGCAGCGCGACUCGUUCUACGCCAUUCUGAGAACCUGGGAAGCGGAGCACCUCAACCCGGCCUGGGAGUUCGAGCCGAAGCUCGGCCCGAAGGUGCGGUCCACGCUGGACAUUCUGCAGCACCCGAUCAACAUGGCCCACCUGGCGAAGCUGUUCUGUGCUCAGCUCAUCAUUUGCUGCAACUUUGACAACACUGCCAGCGAGCUGCAAAUGGCGCUACCGAGCAUCGAUCUGACGAAGCUGUCCAAGCUGCGGCAGCGCCUGGAGGCGCCGGCCCCCUUCUCCACCCAGUACCUUUUCCCGGGCGGCCAGGCCUUCUUCCGGGACUUUAUCGUUGCGAGCGAGAACCACCAGAUCUUCGUCGAGCAGCUGAAGGUGGUGCUGAUACACGAGCUGCUCCAGAUGAACGGCUCGUCGUACGAAGUGUUCAACGUGUCCGACGAGCCAAACCCAACCCGCUCCGAGUACGUGGUCCGACCGGAAACGAUGUCCACGAUGCGGGUGUUGGCCAAAUUUAUCGGCUUCGUCGUGGCGCGCCCGUUCCAGUACGAGGGCUACCGCAGCACGCUGGUGGACAAUCGGCAAAUCGAGCUGCGUAAUACGCUGCUGCCACCGUUCGAUGUGAAGCUGGUGCUGCUCCGGUGCGUCGUCGACCGGAAGCUGGUCAUCACCGUGCCGUGGCUGGUGCAGUACCUUGGCAUGCUGGACGUGGUGACGCUCCGGUUGCGGUACUACGAGGAGCUGUUCCGGCUGCUGCGCGAUGUCUACCAGGCGACGGCCCCGUGCGGGUUCGCCGUUCACCGCCAGAUGUUCGUCAACGCGCAGUCGAAGUUUAUCGUCCGAUCGUGCCUCGACUGGCUCUUCGACCAACCGAACGUGCCGGAGGAGUUCUUCAACUCACGGACCACUUUCGGAACACUCCUGGCGGUUGGCGGUGGUGAAAAGCCGGUGGGAACCGCGGCCGAUCAAAACGCUCCCACAUUCAACCCGCUCCUGGAGGCCGUUCUGAGUGCGGCCUGCCCGUUUCUGGCCGAUUUCCGCGUGUCCGUGAUGCCGUCGCGGGUGGAAAAGACUCUCUCCCGAACCGGGCGCUACCGGCACAUCACCACCCGGUACACGGGCACGCUGGCCCACGGACAGCAACCACCCAGCACACCGGUGGCCAGCGAUGUCGGUGAUCCCGCCAAUCUUUCCUCCACGAGCACCGGCCAUCGGUCCUACCACCAGCGGUCCCAAACACACGGUGGUAAUGCCCAGCACCGCUUGGUGGAAGCGUUCCUGCAGUCGCAAAGCCUUUCCGUGCGCCGCACGGUCGAGUUCAUCACCGAGCGGGCCACCUCGGCCGUGAUCAAGGACUUCCAGAUGCUGUACCUGCUGCCGGAAAAAAAGGCGGUCACUGAUCGGAUAGCGGCCGUUCGGGCGCCCACGAUUCAGCAGGUGAUGCUCGAGAUACGGACCGUCUGCGAGGAUGCGUUGCGGGGCGUCAAUGGCACCUGGGAGACCCACGUGCUCAAAAUGCUCAACAAACGAAUCACGGACUCUUUUGAUGCAUUGCUCCCGGCGGAAACGAUUGAUGCCGUGCGGACGACGUGCAAAAGUAUUGCGCUCGAGAAGUGUGCCCAGAAGGCGAACGAAUGGCGUCAGUCGUACAUGUCCGACACGGAGCUGUUCUGCAAGAAUGUACAGAGCGAGGCUAGCACGAUCAUGGCGACCCAGCAGCGCCAGGCGCAGCAAAACUCUGGAGCGGAACUGGCGCCUCCCAGUAACAACAACGCGGCCCUGCAGAUAUCGUCCGAUUGCGCCGUGCUACCGUCGGUGCUGUUCAAAGCCCUACAAACGCUGCUACGCGAUGCGCUGACCGCACCGGCCACGCUAACGGUGGCCGAAGUAACUCGGUUCCUCCACGACACCCAGGCUUUUCUCGAAGAUCCCGCCCUUGCCAUGACACCCACAAUGCACCGCAUGAUGGCGUACAUGUUGCUGCAGCUCUUUCUUCUCCUAAUAAAAUCGCGCCACGAUUUAGUUAUUCCCGAACUAGUCCAGCUGGCGGUCGCACUAUGGAAGCACAAAAAGCUGGCCCCAUACUGUUUGCCGCCGGUACCGGCACAGGAUGUCGGAAACGGGUCGCCAACGCUAUCACCGACGGAAGAGGAACGAUCCGUAACGGAGCCGGAAGAGGGGGGCGUCAAUGCUGUAAAGUCGGAUCGGUUGGAUCAGGCUCGGCGCCUUAAAAGCCAACAAGAGAGCAACUACGUAUUUUCCCACCUGGUAAGCAACCGAUUCGUUCGGAUGCUGGAGGAAAACGUGGCUCCGGAGGCAAACUACGCCUCGUACGCCACGUUCAUCAACACGGUGGUGGAGGCCGGCCUGGUGAGGUUCAACGGGCUCACCCAUCAGUUUCUGGCCAUCUUCAACGAAGAGUGGCCUCAGGCCACGAUGAAACGCAUUUCCAUCGUCAUCGAUCGAGUGCUGCACAGUAGCGGCAAGGAGGAGCUGGCAAGGCGAGCACAGCACGAUGUGGACGACACGUUAGCGGAAAUGUUCAUGGAAAUGCUUUCGGAUUUCGCAAGGGACAUUGAGAAGUUUUGA